AAAUUUUACACAUAGGCCCAGCGGCCAACGUCUCUCUCUGCCUAGGAAGUAAGUAAGAAGUACGGCGGUGGCUUUAGGCUUCUGGCUCCGCGAUAGACACCUGAACCUAGGGUUUGGAGCUUCAACGUUGACGACGACGAUGAUCUCCCUCACCUCCAACGAAUUGAACUACCUAGUCUUCCGUUACCUCCACGAAUCAGGCUUUACGCAUUCAGCUUACGCCUUUGGAUACGAGGCCGAGCUUCACAAAAGCACGAUUGACGGUAAUGUAGUUCCGCCAGGCGCACUUGUUACGUUUAUCCAGAAAGGGCUUCAGUAUCUUGAGCUGGAAGCAGACUUGAGCAGCAGUAGUGAUGCGGACAUGGACGACGACUUUUCGUUUCUGCAACCGUUGGAUCUUAUCACGAAAGAUGCUUAUCAAUUACAGAAAAUGGUCAGGGAGAAGAAGGACAGGAUGAACGCAGCUAACCAGAAAAAUGAGAGCAAGGAGGAAAGUGAAAGGGAAAAUCCUCGAGAAGUAGAGGAGGAAAGAAGAGAUAGGGAAAAGGAAGAAGAAGAGGAUCGGGAGGACAAGUCGCACAAGGAGAGGGAACAAGAAAUUGAUAAAGAGAAUGAAGAAACACACGAGGAUCACAAUGAGAUUGAGAAAAUGGAACCUGAAGAAAAUGGAACUUGUGGAGGGGUGGAACCAAUGGAAAUAACUCCAAGCUCAAUAUCCUUGCCUAGUGAAAUUCCUAGCUCUGACGUAACAGUUCUAGAAGGCCAUACCUCAGAGGUUUUUGCUUGUGCAUGGAGUCCAUCGGGUUCACUUCUUGCAUCUGGGUCUGGAGAUUCAACAGCGCGAAUUUGGACCAUUGCAGAUGGAGGUUGUGGAUCUGGCAUGCAAAAUGAGCCUGCAAAUGUUGCGGUUUUAAAGCAUUUCAAAGGUAGAGCCAAUGAGAAAAGCAAGGACGUGACCACACUUGAUUGGAAUGGUGAUGGGACAUUGCUUGCAACAGGUUCUUACGAUGGCCAAGCAAGAAUAUGGAGUAGAGAUGGAGAGUUAAGGACUACAUUAAUCAAACAUAAAGGUCCAAUCUUUUCUCUGAAGUGGAACAAGAAAGGUGAUUAUCUUCUGAGUGGCAGUGUGGAUAAAACCGCAAUUGUGUGGGACAUAAAGAGUGGGGAAUGGAAACAGCAGUUUGAAUUUCAUUCAGCUCCAACCCUGGAUGUUGAUUGGCGGAACAAUGUUUCCUUUGCAACGUGCUCCACUGAUACUUUGAUACAUGUUUGCAAGGUUGGAGAGAACCAACCAAUCAAAACUUUCUCAGGGCAUCAGGGUGAAGUCAAUGCUAUUAAGUGGGAUCCAACCGGCUCUUUGUUGGCUUCUUGCUCUGAUGAUUAUACUGCAAAGAUAUGGAGUACGAAGCAGGACAAAUAUUUGCAUGAUUUGAAGGAACAUGUUAAGGAGAUAUAUACCAUCCGGUGGAGUCCAACAGGACCAGGCACAAAUAAUCCCAAUCAACAGUUAGUUCUAGCAAGCGCUUCCUUUGACUCAACUAUAAAACUAUGGGAUGUGGAACUAGGGAGACUUCUCUACAGCUUCAAUGGCCACAGGGAUCCGGUAUACUCCGUUGCAUUCAGCCCGGAUGGCGAGUACUUGGCCAGUGGAUCUAUGGAUAAAUGUAUGCACAUAUGGUCCGUGAAGGAAGGCAAAAUUGUAAAAACAUACACAGGAAAUGGGGGGAUAUUUGAAGUUUGUUGGAACAAGGAAGGUGACAAGGUCGCUGCUUGUUUUGCUAACAACGUAGUAUGUGUUGUGGAUUUCCGAAUGUAAGAUUUUCAACUUUUAUGUUCAUUAUCAUUUUAUUAUUAUUUUCAGUUGGGGUAGAUUCCCAUUUAUCUUUAAAUGACAAUGAAGAGCUUUCUUUCUAUGUUAUGUUGUGCUAGUAAAAAAAAUUUAUUUUUUA